AUGCUCCCGCGAAACCCGGAGGAUGGCAUCAGCUUCCUCGAACCCCUUAUGAUAACAUCUCGAACUCCGUAUGAACGCGGAGUAUCUGCUGUCGCUCGGCGCGCUACAGCUGCUGCUGCCGCCGCUCGCGCAGGACAGCAUGGCGUCCGUGCAAUCCGCUGCGACGCUGUCGCUGGGUUGCCUGGCGAAUGUGUCGCACACGUAAUCGCACCACCUCGUGCAGCGCAACGUGUCGCCUUCCCUCGUCGUUCCCUCUUCUUCUCUUCCUCUACCCCUCAGCCGCACCAAUCGACAUCACAAGCGCGCAGCAGCAUAUCUAGUCACGCCACGCUGAUAUCUAGUGCCGUGCGGCGCCACGCUGGCGCUGAGCUGGCAGAGGCGGGCUUGCUGCCGUUGCUGACGGAAUGCCUUCCGGAUGCCAUGCUGGCAGUGCGGGAGACUGCUGCGUGCGCAUUGGGCCACGUGGCGAAGCACAGCGGUGACAUGGCGAUGAGGGUUGGUUGA